AUGGGCAUCCUCACAAUUGUCGAAGAGCGACCGACGCCGCCGUCGGUGUACAACUGGCGCAUCUAUGUGCUUGCUGUCAUUGCGUCUUGUGGAUCUUGCAUGAUCGGAUACACAAGUGCUUUCAUUGGAACGACUGUAGCACUUGGCUCCUUUAAGAGCGAAUUCGGACUCGACAAGUUGACAACUGCAGAGAGAAACUUGAUCAGCGAAAAUAUCGUAUCUCUCUUUGUCGCCGGUGCUUUCUUCGGUGCCCUCCUCACCUACUGCCUUAGUUACUUCAUUGGGCGAAAGUGGUGUUUAGCAAUCGGAGCCACCACGUUUUCACUAGGAGCCGGCUUAACAUGUGGCGCAAACGGCUCACUUGGAUUGGGCAUCCUUUAUGCGGGCCGAGUAUUUUCGGGGUUGGGAACUGGAGUUGCAUCGAACAUCAUUCCUAUCUACAUCUCGGAACUUUCACCACCAGCUAUUCGUGGUCGUCUCGUCGGUCUUUAUGAACUUGGUUGGCAAAUUGGCGGCUUGGUGGGCUUUUGGAUCAACUACGGAGUUGAAUCACACAUCGCCCCUGGUCGCACGCAAUGGAUCAUCCCCUUUGCCGUUCAACUGAUCCCGUCUGGCCUGCUACUGAUCGGCUCUUUCUGGAUUCGGGAAUCGCCCCGAUGGCUCUUCCUCAAAGAUUACCGUAAGGAAGCUAUGGAUAAUCUUUGCUGGAUCCGUCAGCUGGAGCCCACUCAUAUCUACUUACAAGAGGAGAUUGCGGCCAUCGACAAGAUUUACGAGAUGCAAAAGUCCACGGUAGGACUCGGCUUCUGGCAGCCUUUCCAGGCGCUUGCCGCACGUCCUAACUUGCAGUGGCGUUUGUUCUUGGGCUGCAUGUUGUUCUUCUGGCAGAACGGUUCUGGUAUUAACGCCAUCAACUAUUACUCGCCCACAAUUUUCUCUAGUAUCGGCAUCGACUCCAAUACCGUUAACCUAAUGACGGGUAUCUUCGGUGUCAUCAAAGCUGUCAUGACCUUUGUGUGGCUGCUAUUUCUUGUCGACCAACUGGGUCGGCGAAAGCUCUUGUUGAUUGGUGCCAUUACUGGUUCCAUCUGCAUGUGGGUUAUUGGUGCAUACGUCUGUGUUGUCGAACCAACCAAGAACCCUCAAGACCACCUCACUGGCAGUGGUUACGCUGCCAUCGUCUUCUUCUACUUGUGGACGGCCGUUUACACGCCUACCUGGAACGGCACUCCUUGGGUCAUCAACUCUGAAUUCUUCGAUCCCAACUUCCGCUCCUUGGCCGGUGGUGCAACAACCGCGAGCAACUGGCUCUUCAACUUCCUGGUCUCGCGAUUCACGGAGCAAAUGUUCGCUGCAAUGGGCUACGGCGUAUAUUUCUUCUUCGCGUCUCUAUCAUUCCUGGCGUUCUUUUUCGCGUUCUUCCUUAUUCCCGAAACGAGUGGAGUUCCGCUGGAGAAGAUUGACAGACUCUUCGAGAUCAAGCCUGUGUGGCAGGCGAACAAGACGUUGAUGGCGCAGCUUAGAGAAGAGGAAGUGCAGUUUCGUACUGACGUUAAAAGCGAGACGACUCAUAAGGAAAAUACUAGCGGGAAUAAGUCGGAGUCGGAUUCAUCAUAA